AUGAGUUCAACUCGAUGUGCGGUUUGCAAGUAUUUCAGACGAAGAUGCCCUUCGGACUGUGUUUUCGCACCUUGUUUCCCUCCCGAUAACCCGCAAAGAUUCACUUGCGUUCAUAGAAUAUACGGUGCCAGCAACAUCGGUAAGAUGCUCGAGGAAUUGCCGAUGCACCUACGAGUGGAUGCAGUUGAUUCGUUGUAUUACGAGGCCAAAUGGAGAAUACAAGAGCCGGUUUACGGGUGUGUCGGAAUAAUAUCGUCAUUGCAUCGACAGAUACAUAUAGCCCAAACCCAACUAGCAAAAGCUCGAGCGGAAACUGCUUUUCUUCGUGCUAAUGUCGUAGCAGCCAAAACAAUGCCGAGCUCGGGUGAGUUCAUGGCUCAACAAAAUAGCAUCGAUAAUGGUCUAGACGACCAAUCCAAUCCGUGGUUUUACUAA